CUGGCUCCUCUGUCGUUCUCGUCCCCUCCUCCCCUGCUACAGCACACCUGCUUUCUCUUGGCUGCACGCAUUCUCUCAGUGAUCGGCUCUUUGGCCUGCCGUGCUGCAGCUUCACUCCAUCCUUCUCUGGAUUUUCGGCUGAUCUUCUUUCUCUCCUCUUCCUGCGAACGGCACAGGUUUUUCAAAACCCCCUGCCCUCUUUUCAACCCCUGACCUCUGCCCUGUCUCCUCCACCCUCCAGGUCAGUGACAGCAUGAGGUUGGCCUGUCUCACCCUGCUCCUGGUGUCCGCGUGCUGGGCUCUGCCCUUCCGUCAGUCCGGCUUUCUGGACUUCAUGCUGGAAGACGAGCCAAACUCUGGUGACGGUCCACCUGCCAUUCCUCCGAAGGAAGAACUUCCUCCUGAAGUUCCCGCCGGACCUGUUUGUCCUUUUAGAUGCCAGUGCCAUCUGCGUGUGGUGCAGUGCUCUGAUCUAGGGAUGAAGCACGUUCCUGAGCAGAUCGCAUCAGACACCCAACUGCUGGACCUGCAAAACAACAAGAUCACCGAGAUCAGAGAGAACGACUUUAAAGGCCUCAAAGAACUUCAUGCUCUCAUCCUGGUAAACAACAAGAUCACCAUCAUCCACGCCAAGGCCCUCGCUCCCCUUGUCAGCCUUCAGAGGCUUUAUCUCUCCAAGAACCUGCUGAAGGAGAUUCCCAGUAACAUGCCCAAGAGCGUCCAGGAGCUACGCAUUCACGAGAACCAGAUCACCAAAAUCAAGAAGGCGUCUUUCACCGGAAUGGUGAAUGUCAUUGUCAUGGAGCUUGGCUCCAACCCCUUGACCAGUUCGGGUGUGGAUGCAGAUGCUUUCAAGGAUCUGAAGAGGGUUUCCUAUAUCCGUAUCGCCGACACCAACAUUACCAGCAUUCCCAAAGGUCUGCCCACCUCUCUGUCGGAGCUCCACCUGGACAGCAACAAGAUUACCAAGGUCACUUCUGACAGCCUGAAAGGUCUCAAGCACCUUGCCAAGCUUGGGCUGAGCAAUAACGAGAUCAGUGUUGUGGAGAACGGCACUCUGGCCAUGAUGCCACACUUGAGGGAGCUCCACCUGGACCACAACGCUCUAACCAAUGUUCCUGCUGGACUCCCUGACCACAAGUACAUUCAGGUGAUCUAUCUUCAUUCCAACAAGAUAGCCACUGUGGGAACAGAAGACUUCUGCCCUCCCAGCUUCAACACCAAGAAGGCCAUGUACUCUGGCAUCAGUCUGUUCAGCAACCCCGUGCCAUACUGGGAGGUCCAACCCAUCACCUUCCGCUGCGUCUUCGACCGCUCCGCCGUUCAGCUGGGCAACUACAGGAAGAAAUAAGGCGUCCAGUCAGAGUGCCUGACCACUGUCCUUAAACCCCGCCCUUGCCCCACAUCCCCCCCUCCUGUUUUUUUUGUUUCCAAAGCACCUCAAUGUGUGUGUAACUUCAAAUUCGAAUGUCAUAACUCAGAUGACUCAAAAUGUGUUCUGAGUAUACUGAAAAUGGCACACAACAGGCAAUACUGCGCACUAAUCUCAUUAUCCAGUAAUAAACCGUAACAACAUCAAGUAUCUUGCACAUUACAUGUUACAAAAAGAAAUAGCUAAACAUGUAUCAGGCUUCAUUCCUGUUUUGUUUUUGUUUUUUUCCCUAUAGCACUACUAGAACCUUGAGUUAAGUGAAAGAGCAUCAAUAAAUAAUUAUAGAGGUAUAUUGGUUAAAGAACAGAAAAAAUAAACAAAAAAAGAAAAGCCAUGACCACUUAGGAUAAUCACGUGCACAUAGCCAUAGUCCUUGGGUUCAAAAGAAUGUGGUUCUAUUCAGAGGUUCAUCUAGAGAAGAUCCACUCCUAGCCCCUUGUCUGGAUCUUUUUGGGACUUUUUUACUAAAUUGACAAGGCGGGCCUGCUGAGCGGGCAGCGAAAGGUUCAUUUUGCUCCACAGUACCAGGAAAAAGAGCUGAUAUACUAGGUGUGGUCAACUAUUAUUACCUGUAUAGCAGUAGUGUCCAGCGUGUACUGUUCGAAAUACAGGCAUCGGCGCUCAACGUUUUAUUUUUAUUUUUUUUCUCUCUCUCUUUUUCCAUAGUAUUCGUUUUGAAUUAGGAGAUACAGAGAAUGGUCACACUGCAGUAUUUUCCUCCUUUCGCUUCAGAUGUGCAUUUUGUUCGUUCGUUUUGUUUUUUGUCUGAUUGUUUUUUAAAACCCAGCUGCCAUGCCACAUAUGGUAGGGGAAAAAAAGCUCUUCAAGAAAUAGAAUAAACUAGAUUGUCUUCUUCUUCUUUUUUUCUUUUUGUAAUAACGGAAGCAAUUUCCAAAGAGCUACACUUCUUUUUUUUUUACAUUUUUGUUUCUUCACUAUUUUCUUCUACUUCUUCACCUUCUUCGAGGGUGGCGUGCCAUGUUUGCAUUUUUUUAUUUUUUUUGUCCGAAGAGAAGUGGAAGGAGCAGAUAGACGUGGCCGAACGUGUCGCCCUCUGUCCUGUGUUAGUGACUGUCACAUGUAUAGAAGCUGUAAAUAAAUGCUAUAUAAAAAAGAAAUCCCUUUUCUUGCUUUAAGGAAAACGAGCACGGCAGUCGUCCGGAUUUUAAUAUAUCGGCAAUAAAGGUGACUUCUUUCUCGAGAACAGGGCUUUGUGUCCUAAAAAGCGUGUCCUAAAAGGGUCGACACACACACCACACACACAGUUUGCAGAAUAAAGCAUAAAGAUCAGAUGAUCAUAAAGUACA